AUGCCGCCGCCGCCGCGGCCGCUGCUGCGGCUCCUGGCGCUGGCGCUGGCGCUGGGGCGGGCGCGGGGCGGCGGCGGCUGCCAGCUGCCGGCCGAGUGGCGGCCGCUGAGCGAGGGCUGCCGCGCCGAGCUGGCGGCGAUCAUCGUGUACGCGCGGGUGCUGGCGCUGCACCCCGACCCCUACGGCGCCUACAACUACCUGCCCUGGCAGCGCGGCGCCCCGGGCGGCGGCGGGCAGGGCGCCGCGGGGCUCUUCUACUCGGCCGAGAUCGAGCUGCUGUGCGACCAGGCGUGGGGCAGCAUGCUGGAGGUGCCCGCCGGCUCCCGCCUCAACCUCACCGGCCUCGGCUACUUCUCCUGCCACUCGCACACCGUGCUGCAGGGCUACGCUUACUUCUUCUUCCUCCGGAUGGACGAGAAUUACAUCCUCCUCCCUCACGGCGUAAACUUCCAGGAAGCAAUAUUCCCCGACACCCAGGAGAACAGGAGGAUGUUUUCCAGCCUUUUCCAGUUUGCCAACUGCUCGCAGGCGCAGCAUGCCCUAAGCUUCGCCAGUGACUGGGAGAUCCAGGAGGACAACCGGCUCAUGUGUUCCUCUGUCCAGAAAGCCCUGUUUGAGGAAGAGGACAGAGUGAAGAAGCUGCAGCAGAAGGUGGCGACACUAGAGAAGCGCAACAAACAGCUACGAGAUCGGGUGAAGAAAGUUAAGAGGUCUCUUCGGCAAGCAAGAAAAAACACCAGGCACAUGGAGCAGAUGAACCGAAAGCUCAGUGAGAAACUUUCCUCUGCAGGUGGCCAAAUCCCAUAUAUUAACUCUUUAAAACAAGAGAACUCCCAUGCUUCCUACCUUAAAGUAUAAUGCAAGGGGAAGUGUUCAGGCCAAUGAUACUGGUGAAUUUUGCCUGCAUUAGAACAGGAUCUGGCCCUCACACCUUGUCUACACUGUGCUUCAAACCCUGCAUGGAAAACAAAUCUGAACGUGCUUUAGGCAGAGUGCCAGAGGAAAGGAGAACGGAAACCAGAUUUGGUCAGGUGUUCGAGACAUAGACCAAAGCCAUGUCCGUGCUGCCCUGUAUGGACACAGGGACAGGUUGCAGCCUAAAGCACAUCAUGCUUCCUGGGCCAGCUCUGGCAUUGGUUGUGUUGCUGUGGUGUGGUGGGUGGGAUGAAAGUGCCGGCUCAGCCUGUCCCAUCCCAUUGGCCACUGCAGACACUUGACAUAGGAGUCCUUCAAGGAAGGGUCUGGUGUCAACAUGCUUGUUCAAAGUGAGCUGUGCAAGCAAGGCAGAGGGAAUAUAUGGAGAUGGAUGCCAUCAGAAGGGCAGAAAUAAAUGUUCUUCACUCCAUCAUCACCCACGAGCUCUUGUCCCCUAUUAAGCAUGACAAAAGUCUAUAUCCAGUGCCUGAGCAAAAGUUAUGUCUGAAUAGGUUGGACAUGUGGUCAGCUUGGGCUCCUCUUCAAAAUGAAGCAUAGAUGUGCCCAAAUUGUCUUAAGACUGUUUCUAAAUAUCACCUUUUUUGUCUUACCAGGAAGUACUCCAAGGGUCACAGUAACUCCCUCGGAUGCUUUCAGUGUUGCCCAGCCAACAGAGUUUGAAACCACAUCAUUUUGGGACUGCGUCUA